CUAUUUACUACUCGCGAUUACAUUUUGCAUGUCCACGCUACAACAAAACAUUAAAGCACUACAACGGCUGUUACCUGCUUGUCUACUCCCCUUUCGCCCCACUUCGGGUUACGUCCCUUUUUCACUUGCCCACCCCUCCCCUCUACUACAUUCUGUUGAAGCAUUCGAGAGAGGCAAUUGCUGCUACUUUCACUCUCUUCCCUCCCUCGCUCCCCCCUCCUCUUCUGUCCCUUUACCACAUAAACAUUGCAAUUGGAACAUCCCGGGUACCCGUCCCGACUCCCGUCCUUGUUCAACCUUUAGGCUUUGCCUUAUCAGGUGUGAGUGCAUCAAGGGUCCGGGAGAGUGUCGGCUUCCGCAAAAAAGCUUACCAAGAUGUAAGUGAAUAUAAUUUCCCAUAUGAGAGCUGAAUUGUGUCACAGGCAACUAGCCCUUAGCGAUCUAUGGUCUGUAACCUACAAGGCUAACCGUUCCGUUCAUAGGAAGUUCGGCAAACAAAUCCAGCGCAGACAACUCGACCUUCCUGAAUAUGCCGCAAGUUUCGUAAAUUACAAGGCCCUGAAGAAGCUCAUAAAGCAACUAAGUGCUACGCCGACCAUCCCCGCUCAAAGCUCUGCAGGCGCAACUCAAGAUGUUCCCGAAGCGCAAGCCGCCCUUCGCGCAAACAAGGAGGUAUUCUUCUUUCGGUUGGAAAGAGAAAUCGAAAAAGUCAACACAUUCUACUUACAAAAAGAAGCCGAGUUCUCUCUGCGAUUGAAAACGCUAGUCGAUAAGAAAAGGGUCAUUCAAUCACGAACAGUACCCAGUUCCAAGGCACCAGCUAAUUUUGUUGCCUUAUUCGAGGGGUUUCAACAAUUCGAUGGCGAUCUGAACAAGUUGCAACAAUUCGUCGAGAUCAACGAGACUGCUAUGUCAAAGAUCCUCAAAAAGUGGGAUAAAACUUCAAAGUCGCGUAUGAAGGAGUUAUACCUCCACCGGGCCGUCGAAGUACAGCCCUGUUUCAAUCGGGACGUUUUACGUGAUCUAUCAGACCGGGCAACAACCGCUCGGCUGGAACUCGAGGCAUGGGCGGAAGGCGAGAACAUCCAUUUCGAUGCUGCUCGUCCGGUAGACCGCGCUGCAGCUGUUCAACCGUUUGGAGCCGAUGAGGAAGAUCUUGACCUGCAAAUCCUGCAGUCAGCCACUGCUGGUAACCCUCAGACAUUGCGUGAGUGGACCGCGAAACUGCAAUCAUCUCCUGAUGCUCGUGAACGCGCGACUCGUACCUUCCUUGCCGCUAUCAAUGAAUUUUCAGACGAUGUGUUGGCAGUCCUUCUUGAAAGCGGAUUGGUUGAUAUAUACGCUGAAGACGACAUCAACGAACGCAACUGUUUGCAUGAAGCAGCCAUCUCAGGACGAGGGUUUGUUUUCAAGUCCGGCCUUGCGGCAGGUGUCGAUAUCUCAAGGUCCGAUGUUUACGGCAGACUUCCUCUACAUUAUGCGUGUAUACACGGCCGGGUAGAGAUGGUGAAAGAUUUAUUAGCUGCAGGUCCUCACACUGUCGACGUGAUGGACCACGACAAUUUUACCCCUCUGAUUCACAGUAUUGUCAAAGGUCAGCUUACGUGUGCUGAGCAACUUCUUCACAGCAAUGCUCGGAUUGAUCCAGCUUCUGAAUCAGACCACAUUCCACUGAACCUGGCAUGCCAGCAUGGAUCGCUUCCAAUUGUGCGGAUGCUUCUCGAACGACAUGCACAAUUACUCCCAGAUGCAGAAGGCCUCUAUCCUCAACAUAUGGUCGCAAGAGCUUCUCAGUCUCCGCAAUUGCUAAUAAUGCUCAAACAACAUGGGGCUAAUUUGAACCAGAAAGACAAACUGUACCAAUGGACACCGCUGUUUCAUGCUGCGAGUGAAGGCUGCGUUGACUGCCUGCGCGCUCUUCUUGAAUUGGGUGUUGACGCCGAUGUUGUAGACGAGAAGGGCCUCGCUGCAAUGUAUUAUGCAGCAUGGGAAGGUCACUUAGAGUGCAUGCUACUUCUUUGGUCGCAUCGUAGCAAUUCUCGUCCACCACAGAAGCCGUUUGAUAUUCUGAAUGGUUUGAGGCUACAAGAAGCAGGUCACUUAGCUGGCUCGCAUAUGGAGGAUGCUACGACGACUUUCGAUAGUACUGAGGUAGUGGAUGGUAUACCCGAUCUUUCUCUCCCGCCACCAAUCAUACCUUUACGUCGUUAUGGCCAUAACUUUUUGGACAAGAAAGUGUUCGUGCAAAUACUUUUUGACACCGGAAACUCUGGUUCGAUUAUCUUUGAUCAGGCGGGCCGUCACCCUGCGGCUCGAUUAACCAUUUCCUCGAAACUCUCUGACUUGAUUCCACGCACCAUUAUGCUACCCAUCCAAGAGGAUUCACGAUUGAUCUCAUUUCAGGUAGAUAACCUAGAGACAUUUGCAGUGGAUUUCGAGAUAUUCCCCACUUUCGGCUCGAAAGUGAUUGCUAAGACAGUUGCGCUACCGACUGUAUUCAAAGCUGAGACCUCUAGCACUGGCUCGUGUUGCUUGCCGUUAUUUGAUCCUAGGCUACGGUCAAUAGGGCAGCUACGAUUUGGCUUCCAAGUGAUAAAGCCGUACCAUGGCGAUCCCCUGGAAAUCACACACUUUGCUACCUAUUGGAAGGCUACAAGUGCCAUCGACUCAGAACACAAUGGUCUGGUAACAGGGUCGAGCUUGUCUGGAGAUCAUGUUCAGCUUUUCGUGCAACUCACCAAAGACAGAAUACCCGUGCUCUAUCCUUGUUUUACAGUCCUACACCAUGGCAUUGAAUUGCCUAUCUGCCAUCUCACAUACUCUCAGUUCCAAGCCAUCGGUGUUGAGAAAGGCGUGAAUCACCUAGACUUGUUCCAGCAUCUUCAGGCGCGUGCUGUUGAUGAUUUAGCUCAAGCGCACCGCAUACUAGCAUCAUCAUUCCUCUCCCUCAAGGAGGUACUCCUGCGCCUCCCUAUUGGUGUCAAUGUCAAUCUCUCGAUACUCUAUCCCUCGGCUGCUGAAGAGCAAGCGCUGAAUAUGGUAUCUUUAGCUGAUGUAAAUAGCUUUGCUGAUGCCGUUCUCACGGUGGUUUUCGAUCAUGCCCGUGUGUCACGGGAUCAGAACCCUGAGUUUAUGCGUUCGGUGGUAUUUACCUCGUACAAUCCUAAUGUGUGUGUUGCUCUGAACUGGAAACAACCAAAUUAUCCUGUUCUUCUUUGCAAUGAUCUAGGUCAAAUUCGUGAUUUGACCCGAGGUGUUGGGUCACUUCCAGACAUUAAUAGUAGUGGUCGUGCAUCGAUGUCCAUAAAAGAGUCAGCAAGGAUAGCGCAAAGCAACAAUUUCAUGGGCUUGAUAUGCCGGUCCAGCCUAUUGGUACGUGUCUCUGCCCCUAUAUGCUUGCUCCCUACGUAUUUCCCAUUCUUGGUAUACUAUGCAUUAAGGUCACCUACUAAUACAGAGCUUCUGUGGCUGCUUCAGAACGUUGUACCGGCUCUUGUAGAGACUAUUAAGGAACUUGGUCUCGUACUUGUAGCAGAUACGUCCGACGAAGUUGAACCUUCAGGCCAUAAAGAAGUUCUAGGAGCAGCGAAUGCGAUGGGUGUGGCCGAAUGGGCAUACCGAAUGCCUGAUGGUGUGAACGGUGUGAUGAAAGCCAAUGGUAUUUUGAGAUUUAACGAUAUGAUUGACAUGUGAGACAUUCUUAUAUACAUAUUUCGUCUUUUCAUUCAACUCGGGUGUUGUUAACUUAGGUAUAUAUUAAGGUCUUUAUGGCGUGGAAGAUAAUGGGUCUCUAUUGCAUUUCUGACUUUCCUUUGUGUUUGGUUUGGGCCGCUGCUUUGCAUUUUCACACCCAGCUGUCAAGCAUCUGAGUUAUCCUUCUGGUCUCAUCGAGGUUUCGUACAAACUAUAUAAAAAGGCAAAAGGAAAAGGAAAAGGGCGAAAAAAAAUUUUUUCAAAAAUAAAUUGGAGAGAGGAUACACAUCCGUUUUUCAUCUUAAUAAUACCUUGCCAACUAUGUGCUCCGCUUUUCCCUUUUUUGAAAUAUUUUCUUCUUAUGGGCUAUUACUUGACGC